AUGGAGGAAUAUCUCCAGAGUGUGAGAGACACAAAGCAGAGACAGAUUCUGAGCAAGUACAGGCUGAGUGAACACAGUCUAGCCAUCGAGACCGGCAGACACAGAAAGAGCUGGCUACCCCGAGAGCAAAGGGUGUGUGUUCAGUGUAGCACAGGAGAGAUCGAAACAGAGACACACUUCCUCCUCCACUGUCACAGUAACUCCACUGAAGAGAGAGCGAGAGAGGUCACUUCUUCUACGUGGACUAAAGUUCCUCUGAUUGUUCUGGGUGUCUCUCUUGUGUUUGCUCUCGGAGGUCUCUGCGCUCUCGGGGUGAUUUAUGAUCAUAAGCUUGCUGAUUUCGAAUCACUGAAUGAGGAGAACAUCAUGAUUUCAAAGACACUGACGGCUCAAAAGAUCAACAGCGCAGCCAUGAAGAAAAAGUUUAAUGAUCUCACAGCCAGAUACAACACACUUCGAGAGCAGCUGUCCUUUUACGAACCUCAGUCUUGUAAUAUCUCUGUGAAUGGCCAGUUAGCUUGUCGUGGAAAGCUGUAUUUAUUCAGCUCUGAUAAACUGAACUGGACAAGCAGUCGAAAUGUCUGUUUCUCAAAAGGAGCCGAUCUGGUGACCAUAACCAGCCAAUCACAACAGGAUUAUCUGGCGUCUAAAAUUAACGAGGCGACCUGGAUUGGUCUGAAUGAUCUGGACACUGAAGGACACUGGGUUUGGGUGAAUAACCAAACUCUCACUGACAUUGGACUACAGUUCUGGUAUCCCAAACAACCUAAUGGCGGGAGAGGUUCUAAUUGCGUUGCUCUGCAAAAGAAGCACUCAAGACUCAGCGGACACGUCUUCUGCAGGCUCGUGAAAUGGAUUCAAUAUGAAAAUACUGAUUUCAACAAACUUUCAACAGUUUCUUCAGAUGAAAAAUGUUCUCAACACAGAGGUAACUUCACUGAAGAGCAAGAAAGAGAGAGGGAAGUUCAUCCCCCUAAGUGGACUAAAAUUCUUCUGAUUGUUUUCGCGGUCUUUCUUGUUUUUGCUCUUGGAAGUCUCUGCUUUCUAUGGACACUGUACGUCAGUGUUUCAGCGAAACUGUCUGACCAACAAAGUAUUGGCACUGGCACAAUCAUGAGUGAGCUUGAGGAACUUACUGCCAACAACACCAAUUACAAAGAAAAGUUUGAUGCGCUCCAAAUCCAGCAUGAGGAGACACUUAGAAAGCUGAACAGAUUAAAUCACAGCACAGGUUGUGCACUUUGUGCUGUCCACUGGAUUCAGUAUGGCGGAAAGUGCUAUUACUUCUCUAUGGUCAAGAUGAACUGGACACAGAGUCGAGAUCACUGUGUGACUCGAGGAGGACAUCUAGUGAUCAUAAACAGCAAAGCAGAGCAGGAUUUUCUUACCUCUAAAGUCAAAGUGACGCACUGGAUUGGUCUUAAUGAUUUGGACACUGAGGGACACUGGGUUUGGGUGAACAACCAGCCACUAAAUGAUUCAGUAGAAUUCUGGAUAAAGCGAGAGAAUGGAGUCAGAGAGCCUGAUAACUGGACGAAAGGCCAUCCUGCCGGUGAAGACUGUGCUAGUCUGGGACAUCCAGCGGGAGAGACGGAUUUCUGGACGGAUGCUUUUUGUUUCCAAGAGAAAAGAUUUGUGUGUGAAGCUGUUGCAGCGGUUUAAUUCAUCCCUCCUGAAGAGUUCAGUUAGCUUUCAGUCAUACUCAAACCAACUGUUGUGAAACAAAAGGCAUGUGAUGGCACCCAAAGUACCCUGACAUCAGUGUUUCAAUAUGUAUUCUGUAACAUCAUAUCUAAAUCAUGUGUGUCAGUAAUCAUGUAUGCCACUUUUCCUUUCCAAUGGAUGUUUCCUGCUGCGAUUCAAUCUGAAUGUAAUAUAGUUUUGUGACAGUAUGUCAUUUACAGUAGUCAUUUGAUAUAACAGUGCGCUGGAAGAGGUAGAUUUACCAUCAGCUGUUCAAAUAGAACUACAGCUGAAUGAACACAGUUCACAGAUCACACAUCGCUUUUU